AUGGAUACCAUCGUAAUCAUUAGACGUGAUUUGACAUGGCAUGUCAGGGCAAUGGUCCUCUUUAGUCUCUUUCUGCAAACAUUUCUAUUCUUAUUUGCCCCUUUGAGAAGGCGAGUGGCAAAGGCUUAUAUAGUAGUACCAAUUUCGUUCGCAUUCUUGAACGUAGAUGUGGUUGCUUACUUAGCUAUGACAGUCAUCUCUAGUACAGUAGGCAACACCUCUGGUGGCUCUUCCUCUGCUAGUCCGGAACUUGUAGGAUUCUGGGCUACCUUUCUCUUGGUACACCUUGGUGGUGCCGAUACCAUCACUGCUUUCUCGCUCACGGACAAUGAGCUGUGGCACAGGCACCUCCUUCAGCUGGUGUCUCAGAGUGCCACUAUUGCUUAUCUCUUCUUUGUCACUCUCUCAUCCAAAAACAAGCUGUGGCUCCCAACACUGCUCGUAUUUGUUGCCGGGUUUAUCAAAUAUACUGAGCGAAUCCGUUCUCUCUAUCUUGGUAGCUGGCGUAAUUUCCAAGACUCGUUGCUUACAGAACCCGAUCCUGGGCCUGAUUAUGCCACACUCAUGGAUAUAUAUUCUUCCAAGAAAGAAGCAAAGCUUCCAAGCCGGAUAGUGAUGAUUCCAGAACCCGAAAGAGUUCCCAAGAAAAUUAAGGAAUAUGAAGACGAACCGACCCCUUUGAAUGAUUUGGAAGUGGUACAAUAUGCUUAUCACUUUUUUCAAACUUUCAAUGGACUGGUAUUCUGCUUUGAUGAGAGAGCCCAGAGCCGAACCUUCUUCCUCAACAGAACAGCAAGAGAUGCUUUUAAAGUGGUAGAGCUAGAACUCAAUUUCUUCUAUGAAAUUCUCUACACCAAGGCCAAGGUGUUGCGAGGUAGAUAUGGAUUUCUUCUUCGGUUUGCUUCAUUCGUGUUAACUGUGGCAGCCAUUGUCCAUUUUUAUUUGAUUGACAAGCAGGGAUUCCAGAAAAUGGAUCUUAGAAUCACCUACAUCUUGCUCCUUGGUGCCAUUGCCCUCGACAUAUCAUCAUUUCUCAAGGUCGGUUUCUCUGAUCAGAUUGCUGUGGCCCUCACUCAGUCCAACAAUCCAUCCUUGGUUGUUCGAAUCCUCAGGAAAUCCCUCAAUGUUAAUAGGGAAAGGUGGCCUGAUGAAAACUCUAACUCUACCCAACAUUGUACUACCUGUUCUUUUGGGAGGUUUAUGCAAGUCAUGCAUCGCACGUGGUCUGAAUCUAUCUAUCAACGCAACUUGAUACGUUAUUGUCUAAAAAGGGGAAAGUUCUUUGGCCAUAAGAAGGGGUCAAAAUAUUACUUCUGGGUUAAAUUCACCAAUGACCUACGAGACUUUAUCUUCGAGGAACUGAAGAUGAAAUCUAAGCUGGCGGAUGAUAUAGAGACUGCCAAGGAGAUACAUCAAGCCAGGGGUGAUUGGGUUCUUCGAGUGGAAGGUUGCACUGACUUACUCCAUUGGAUCAACGAUAAUGAUUUUGAUGAGAGCCUUCUUUUGUGGCACAUCGCUACUGAACUCUGCUUUGCCAGAGAGGACAUUUCUAUGAAUAAGGAUUUUCGUGGUUUGUCAAAGAUUCUGUCAGAUUACAUGUUAUAUCUUCUGCUGGUUCCGUACAAAAUGAUGUCUGCCGUCGCACGUAUUGGGCAAAUAAGAUUCCAAGAUACCUGUGCCGAGGCCAUAAAUUUCUUCAGAGAAAGAAAAAUAGGACAGUCUAAGAAAGUGCCUUUACACAUACAAGCCUGCAGAAGUAUCCUUAAUGUCAAUGUAACAGUUAAACCAGCUAUUGUCAAGGGAGAUAGAAGCAAGUCUGUGUUGUUUGAUGCAUGCAUGCUUGCCAAAGAGCUGGAGGAAUUAGGAGAGGGGAAAAAAUGGGUGAUAAUUAGCAAAGUUUGGGUUGAAAUGCUGUCCUAUGCUGCCUCUCGUUGCACAGCUCUUGCCCAUGCCCAACAACUGUGUAGAGGUGGUCAACUCAUCACAUUUGUUUGGUUGUUGAUGUCUCAUUUGGGCUUAGAGAAUCAGGUUCAAAUAAGUGAGGGCCAUGAGAGGGCAAGAUUAUUUGUAGGAAAGUAG